GCUACUAUGCGCGAGAUCUCUUGUGUCUCUUGCUGUCUAUUGUUUUUUUUACGCGAGCACGUGGAAUUCUUCUACAACUUGUAAUUUGUCAAUGUAGUUUUCGCAUUUUUAGUUGUAUUAAAAUCACAUCCAAAAAUGGUUGUAAUAGGAAAGAAAAAGUAUCAGGCUGGAGAGGGAGCGCAAUUUAUGUCAAGGAAGGCUGCUCUGAAAAAAUUGCAACUUUCCUUGAAUGAUUUCCGUAGAUUAUGUAUAUUAAAGGGCAUAUACCCAAGAGAACCACGUAAUCGUAAAAGAGCUCAGAAAGGCGAGCCUGGUAUCAAAACGUUGUAUCACAAAAAGGACAUUCAAUUUUUGUUACACGAACCUAUCAUUUGGAAAUUACGAGACUACAAGAUAUUUAAUAAAAAAGUUGCAAAGGCAAAAGCAUUGAGAGACUUCUCAAAUAUGAAGAGAUAUUUAAACAAUCAUCCCACUUUAAAAUUGGAUCAUAUUGUCAAAGAACGUUAUCCAACAUUUAUAGAUGCUCUCAGAGAUUUGGAUGACUGUUUAACACUGUGUUUUUUAUUCAGCACAUUUCCAUCUCUUCGUCAUGUACCUAGAGAUCAGUCGUUAUUAUGUAGAAGAUUGUCAAUUGAGUUUUUACACGCUGUUAUUGCUGCUAAGGCACUGCGUAAAGUAUUUGUAUCAAUUAAGGGAUAUUAUUAUCAGGCUGAAAUCAAAGGACAAUCGAUCACUUGGAUUGUCCCACAUCACUUCUGUUUUGAGCCACAAGCAAAGAAUGAUGUAGACUUCAAAAUUAUGUCUAUAUUCGUAGAAUUCUAUAUUACACUGUUAGGCUUUGUUAAUUAUAGGCUUUAUCAUACACUUAAUUUGUAUUAUCCACCAAAACUUGCUACUAGUGAACAUAAUGAAAAAUCACUCGCGGAUGAGGACACAUACGUCUCAGAGAGGAUAAGUGCAUUAAAUAUACAAUUAAAUAGUCUAGAUCCUUCUGUGCAGAAUGCAGAAGAUGAAGACUUAGAGAUGGACCAAUUUACAAACGAGGGUGAUGUCACAAAAUUGGAAGAAGCUAGGAUAGAGGUAGAAAAAGUUAAAAAGUUGAAGACGCUGUUUAAAGGCUUAAAAGUGUUCUUAAAUAGAGAAGUGCCCAGGGAACCAUUGGUUUUUGUUUUGCGUUGUUUUGGGGCCGAGGUGUCUUGGGAUAAAUUGCUUUUCAUCGGAGCAACGUUUGACGAAAGCGACGAGACGAUAACUCAUCAAAUAGUAGACAGACCUAGCAUGGACAAACAAUACAUCUCUAGGUAUUACAUUCAACCACAAUGGGUUUUCGAUUCGGUCAAUGCUAGGGAACUUUUACCAGUAGAAAAGUAUUUAAUGGGCUGUAUACUUCCGCCUCAUCUUUCUCCGUUCUCGGACAGUCGUCACGAUGAAGCUUACAUUCCACCAGAGGAACGUAGUACUACAGAUCCUGGAUUCAAACUAAACGAUGAGGAUAGCGAGUCUGACGAGGUAGCAGAAGAAGACGAAGCGAACGAAGAAGAUUCGAAAGAGGCGUUAGACAAGGAAGUGGCGGAAGAAGGAAACGAAGAUAAUGACUUAGAGAUGUCAGAGGCGGAUAAAGAAAAACGACGAGAACGAUUACAAAAGAAAAAGGAAAUGAAGGUAAAAAGCGGAGCGGUAACGAAGGAAGAUCCAUGGGAAAAGAAUCGACAGGAGAGGCAAGAGUACCGGCUGCGAGAACGGAUGAUCAAGAAAAAGCACCGGAACUUGUACAGGAGUAUGAUGAAAGGUCGGGAAGAGAGAGCGAAAGAAGUGCGACUGCUUCGCAAGAAGAGGCGACUCCAUGACGCUGCCGAAAAACAAAAACGCAAAGAAGAACGGAAGCAAAGGAAAGCUAAACCCACUGGAUAAGAAUGACUAAUAAAAAGAAAUAUAA